AAUGUCAUCCAACCAUUAGUCAAAUUUCGCGCUCAACUCAACGGUAUCAAUCGAAAAUCAUGGUGAUUUUGUUUGUAAAUAAAUAAAAAUAGUAUUUAAAGUGUAGAAAAAUGACUUGGAAUAAAUUGAAAUGUAACUUACGAGAACUUCAAUUGGUGGGAACUUUAUCUGGAGGUCAAAGUUUCAGGUGGGCAUAUAAUAAAGAAAAUAAUGAAUGGAUUGGUGUAUUUUCAAAGACUGUUUGGAAGUUACGAGAAAAUGAUGACGGUUUACAAUAUCAAGUGGUUGGCUCCUUACACAACACGAAAACUAAAAUGAAAAGUAAACAAAAAGAGUCAAAUAUCGAUUUUAAAAAGUUACUCGAAGACUAUUUUCGGUUGGAUACGAAUUUGGGAAAUUAUUAUAAAGAAUGGUCAGAAAAAGAUGAAUUGUUUCGAUCAGCCUGCCAACAGUUCUAUGGUAUAAGGAUGCUCCGACAAGAACCAGUUGAGAACCUAUUCUCCUUUAUUUGCAGCCAGAAUAAUCACAUAUCAAGGAUAUCAACAAUGGUUGAAAAGUUAUGCACUCAUUAUGGAGAGAAGAUCUGUGAACAUGAAGGAAACGCAUACUAUGCAUUCCCAGAGGUUGAGAAAUUAACUGACCAAAAGGUAGAAACAGAACUGAGAGACUUGGGAUUUGGGUACAGAGCAAAGUUCAUACAAAAGUCUGCAUCUCAGAUUGUGGAGUGGGGCGGCGUUGAUUGGUUCAAUAGCCUUCAAGACAUGAAGUAUAAGGAUGCUAAGGUCGAGCUUAUGAAGCUGCAUGGGAUUGGACCUAAGGUAGCGGACUGCAUAUGCCUAAUGUCCCUCAACCAUCUAGAGGCAUUACCAGUAGACACCCACGUGUAUCAAAUAGCUGCCCAGAACUACCUGCCGCACUUGCGAGGCAAGAAGAGCGUCACAGAGAAGAUGUAUGCGGAGAUAGGAGACCACUUCAGAAUGCUGUAUGGAGAUAUGGCUGGGUGGGCGCAUACGGUACUAUUUUGUGCAGAUUUAAAGAAGUUUCAGCAGACAGACACUGAAAGUAAUGAAAGCAGCAAACCCAAAAAGAAAAGGAAAAAACUGUGAUAAUAUGUUUAAUAAAACUCAAGACAUCAUC